GCCACGCGCACCGAGAAACUCCGUUUUUCACACGGGUAAAGAGACGCGCACAGAUCGGUGGUGUCAGUUUGCGAUCUGAACACUGAAAAGAGUGCGAACGUGUGGGGCAAGGGUAUGAUAAGAAUAUAGAGGGCCUGAUACAACACGUUGGGAAAGUAAAUUGUAACGACCACCAUGGCCGUUCCUGCGACUCUUCCGGUGCACUCCGGGACUUCUGCGGUGUCCGGUAAACUCUUCAUUACUGACCCGUUUUUCACGAGUCCCAUGGACUCUCCGAGACUGAUCAGCUCACUGAACGCGACGCACCCGGGUGGCGCGGCGGCCAGUGAGUGCAAAAUCGUGGAUGUGCACGGGGUGAAAGUCGCUUCUUUUAAUGUUGACGGCCAGGAGCUCAUUUGUCUCCCUCAAGUAUUCGACCUUUUUCUGAAGCACCUCGUUGGCGGAUUGCACACCGUGUAUACGAAACUGAAGCGUUUGGAUAUAAACCCGGUGGUGUGCACUGUGGAGCAGGUGCGCGUGUUGCGCGGACUUGGUGCCAUUCAACCCGGUGUGAACAGAUGCAAACUCAUUUCCAGAAAGGACUUUGAAGCCCUGUACAACGACUGUACCAACGCAAGCUCUCGCCCUGGCCGACCACCGAAGCGCUCCUACGGGGUGAGUGUUCAAGAAAGCCCCAGAAUCCUCCACCACAGAGCAAACAACCUGCUAUCACCAACCUUGCUGUCACCCACAGCAGGUAUGACGACGGCAGCGAUGGCCGAAGCUUUGAAAAUCCAGAAGAUAAAAAUGAUGAUGGAUCUACACAAGAACCACAACGGCUCUGAAUUUGAUUCGGAUGAACGGAGCGCUAAUACAGGACAUAGUGAUUCGUCCUGGGAAAGAGAGAAACAUUCGUCACCUGUUUCAGAGAAAACACAGCACAGUGUGAAUCAGCUCAAUCCUCUCCAACACACCCAUCUACUGGCCAACAGACUGGAUUUGCCCUUUAUGAUGAUGCCCCAUCCGCUGCUUCCUGUUGGACUUCCUCCUGCAUCUGUUGCCAUGGCAAUGAACCAGAUGAACCACCUUAAUACAAUUGCCAACAUGGUUGCCAGCGCACAGGUGCACAGUCCUGUCUCCAGGCCAACAUCUGUCAUCAAGGAGUGUUUUGAGGAGAGUCCCUCUUUAACAGCAUCUGUAGAGGGAACGGUUCCUCAGAAACCUGAAUCGUCACCUCAACAAACCAGUUCAGCUCCCAGCAGCCCCACAAACUCACACACACAAUCUCCUCAGAAAGCAGCGUACGACAUUCAUGACGAACACAAAGAGACAAACCCAGCUCUGCUUAUGAACCGGCUUUCCAACGACAGAGUUGAGCAGAAUGCAGUGAAGCCAAUGGUAUUUGACAAGAUCCCUCCUCAAGUGUUUCCCUCGGGCUUCCCUGCUUCCCUCCUAUUCACAGAUGGUCUUUCCUCUGUUGAGACACUGCUCACUAACGUCCAGGGCCUGCUGAAGGUGGCUUUGGAGAACGCUCGUCUGCAGGAGAAACAGCUUCAACAGGAGAGGAGAGAGCUGAAGAUGGAGCUCUACAGAGAAAGAGAGAUGAGGGAGAGUUUAGAGAGACAACUCACAUCUGAGCUACACAGUCGAGCCAGCAUUCAGCGACGUUUAAAGAAGGAAAAGAAGGCAAAGAGAAGGUUACAAGAGGCGCUGGAAUACGAGUCCAAAAGGCGAGGGCAGAUCGAGCAGGCGUUGCAACAGGCCACUUCAACCGACUCUCUCAUACACGAUCCAGUCAGUCUGGAUAUGGAGACAGGACACUGCAGAAGCCCAAAGGACAACUGCAUGUUACAAGGUACAGUAUUUUAUUCACAAUAAGGAGAAGAACUGGCCUGUUUUAUAUGCCAUAUUUUUUAAUGCACAACAAAAAUCUGACCAAAUUUGAUCACCAAACUGGAAGAGAAAAAGUCACAUGCAG